GUAACUGUACUGUCUCCUACCUCAAAAAAGAAAGAAAAGAAAAGAAAAUGUGGAGUCACCUAUCCAAUCCAAUGCCUUGACUCUCUGGAUAGGUGAAAGAAAGAAAGAAACUACCCGAGUCCCAAACAAACACGCCAUCCAUCAAUCAUCAACAUCACCAUGCCUUCCUUUUCCACUCUUAGUAGAAGAUCCUCACACUUCACCCAACAUUUUCCACUCCAACGCUUCUCGAUCCGCCACUCUUCAACCUCCUCCUCCUCUUCUUCUUCCGCCGCUCCGACCACCACCGCGUUCGGUCGGAAGCUGGUUUCGGUAAUUAUAGCAGGCACGAGUCUAGGGCUUCUUCUGUACUCCGAGUUUGACUCUGCUUCCGUCAAACCCUCACUGUCUUCUUUCGUUGACUGGUCAGCACUGACUUCUGAUGGCCAAAACCGACGUCGUUCUUCUUCCGCCGCGUUCUUCAGAAAAUUCUCCCUUCCCGAAAGCACCGGUACCUUGCUCUUCGGAGAUGCGUAUAGGAGAAAAAUAUUUUUCAACUAUGAGAAGCGAAUACGGUUGCGAAGUCCUCCAGAAAAGGUUUUUGAAUACUUUGCAUCGUGUCGUACUUCAGAUGGAGAACUACUCAUGAUACCAGCAGACCUAAUGCGGGCAGUGAUUCCUGUUUUCCCUCCAUCUGAAUCCCACCAUGUUAGAGAUGGAAACUUGAGAGGAGAAAGAAGUCCCGGUCAUCUACGCUGUCCACGUUCAGAAUUUUUUAUGCUUUUUGAUGUAAACGGUGAUGAGCUUAUAUCUUUCAAAGAGUAUAUCUUUUUUGUGACAUUACUCAGUAUCCCUGAAUCAAGCUUUUCUGUGGCAUUUAAAAUGUUUGAUGUGGACAAUAAUGGGGAGAUAAGUAAGGAAGAAUUCAAGAAAGUGAUGGCAUUGAUGCGAUCUCAUCAUCGGCAAGGUGUUGAACAUAGGGAUGGACUGAGAACUGGCCUGAAGGUGAAUGAUUCUGUGGAAAAUGGAGGACUGUUGGAAUAUUUUUUCGGUAAAGAUGGAAAGGGAUGCCUCCAGCAUGACAAGUUUGUUCAAUUUUUGAGAGACUUGCAUGAUGAAAUUCUGAGGUUGGAGUUUGCUCAUUAUGACUACAAAGCUCGCAAAACCAUAUCAGCCAAGGACUUUGCACUUUCCAUGGUUGCUUCUGCGGACAUGAGUCAUAUAGGCAAGUUGCUUGAACGGGUUGAUGAGUUGGGCAAUGAUCCACUCUUUAAGGAUGUACGCAUCACAUUUGAGGACUUCAAAAGCUUUGCAGAGCUACGAAAGAAGUUAUUUCCACUGUCAUUGGCCCUUUUCAGUUUUGGAAAAUUAAAUGGCCUGUUAACGAGAGAUGAUUUUCAAAGAGCAGCAUCACAUGUUUGUGGCAUAUCUCUCUCAGACGAUGUGGUUGAGAUUGUUUUCCAUUUGUUUGACACAAACUGGGAUGGGAACCUAAGUUCUGAUGAGUUUGUGAGAGUGCUACACAAGCGAGAAAGGGACAUUGUACAACCUGUGGAGACAGGAAUCCCAGGUUUCUUGUCCUGCUGCUGGAACUGCACGGAUAACAUCUCAUCUUUGCGGUUUCCCUGAUCACAACCAUUUUCAACCAGAAUUUACAGUGAAUAGGAACCCUAAAUUAGAAGGGAGAAAUCAUAAAGGAAAAGGUAAAGGAAAGGUAGUGUAUCUAACAGAAGAGGUUUCUGUAUAACUUGUUUCUUGUAUCUAACAGAAGCCCUUUUGGUAUCAUCUUAGUUUGCCAAUAGGCAGAAACAAAAAGUAGUGCAUGUUUGAAAACUCCUUUGAAAACUAAGGUGAAGCCAAAAUCAUGAAGUACACAAAUUGCUUCUUGUCCACAAUGAUUUUGGCUUCAUCGUGAUUUUUUGAAGAAGUUUCAAAACAUGCAUUUAAUCCACACUUUCUGACAGCUUAAAAAUAGCAAACAGGUAUGUUGUAAAAUCAAUGUGUCCUUGAGGGGUCCCCUUGGCUUUAUUGGUUGACAUGUCUGGUACCUGUAACUAUUGACAUGUAGAUAGUGACUGUAACCGUAGCUUUGUAAUUACUACUCAGCGACGUUCAAUGAAAUUUGCAUUUGAAGGAUCUCAA